AUGCCUUCAUUCACCAAGUUGGCGCUCUCUGCCCUCGCGGCUACGACAGCCGUCGCAACAGGAAUCAACGAUUUCUCCUGCAAAAGCUCUUACAAUCCAGUUGUCCUUCUGCACGGGCUUGGCGCGACAUUCUAUGAAGAUCUCAACUUCAUGCAGUACUGGCUGCAAACGCAAGGCUUCUGCACGUACGCGAUCACCUAUGGCGCAUACGAUGGCUUCCCGUUGCUUGGCGGCUUGAAGGCAAUCAACGAGAGCGCCCCCGAAAUUGCUUCAUACAUCAAAGAGGUCGUGCAAAAGACCGGCAAGAGCAAAGUCGACCUUGUCGGCCACUCGGAGGGUGCUUUCCAAGCCUUGUACGUGCCCAAGUUCGAGGGUGUCGCCCAUCUCGUCGACAAGAUCGCUGCUAUUGCACCUCCCACCCAUGCUACCACAUUUGCCAAUAUCUAUGACCUCGCAUACUUGUUCGGUAAAGCGUCGCGCGACGUCGUGAGCGAAGUGCUGCAUACCCUCGGCUGCCCUGCUUGUGAUGAUCUCGGCCCCGAUGGUGCUGCCGUUAAACGCUUGAAUGAUGGUACCCCUAUCGCGCAGCCCGGUAACAGUGUCACUAUCAUUGCGUCCAAGUACGAUGAGCUGGUCACUCCUCCGACGACAUCGUUUGUCCACGAAGAAGGCGUCACCAACCGUUGGAUUCAGGAUACUUGCCCAUUGGACCCUGUUGGUCACAUUGGCGAAGCUUAUGACCUGAAUGUCUGGCACUUGGUCAAGAACGUCCUCGCCUCGACCCCCAAUGAGAAGUUUUUGUGUCUGCUUGGGUCACCGGGUAAAUAA